UCUUUCAAAUUCGUAACUUUUUUUACAAGCCAGUCAUUUAAGAGAGAAGAAAAAUAAUGCAAAUGUUCAACCCGAAACUCGACCUGAACGAUGCCGCCAACCGCAGCCUGCAGGUCGUGUCCCUGUCGCGCUCCAACUCGUUCUCCGGCACCGUCGAUGACGCCCACGACAAGCACAAGGCACUGGCUUCGCAAGCCCGCAUUAUCGCAGCCACCCACUUCCUGCCGCUCAGCGUCUCAGUCUCCAAGGAGACCCCGGCCGAGCCCUACAAGUGGGAGGUGGCGCGCCGCAGCGGCCACACAGCGAUGUAUGCUGGAAUCCGCUCGCUCAACGACCACGCAAACCUUGACUGCACCAUUCUGGGGUGGAUUGGAAACUACAAGGAUUUGAAGGGCGAGGAGCGCUCGUGCAGCGGGCUGACAGAGGAGAGCCGCGCCAAUAUCAGGUUGGCGGUUCCCGUAUUCUUCGAUGAAGAGACAGCGAAUGGCCACUACGAGGAUCCAAGCUGGUGGAAGAGCUACCGCAAGGUCAACGAGACGUUUGCCAGCGCCAUCAGUGAGAUCUUUAACGAGGGAGACAUCACUGCUAUGCUCAGGAAUAUAAACCCAACCGCGACCAUCGGCCUCUUCUUCCACUCGCCGUUCCCUAGCUCCGAGCUGUUCCGGUCCCUGCCCCAGCGCAAAGAGAUCCUCAACGGCAUGCUGGGCUCGACCAGGAUUGGCUUCCAGACAUACUCGUACGCCCGCCACUUCCUUAGCUCGUGCACACGCGUGCUCGGCCUCGAGUCCACGCCCACAGGAAUCGACAAUCACGGAAGCAUGGUGACCAUUGGCGUCUUCCCCAUUGGAAUCGACGUCAAGCUUGUCCAGGAGCGCCGCGCGCAGCCCAGCGUGAAGGACAAGAUCAACAAUCUGAGCGAGAUGUUUGCCGGUAAGCGCAUCAUCAUUGGCCGCGACAAGGUUGAUGAGGUCGCCGGAAUCAAGCAAAAGCUCGAUGCCUUUGAAAAGUUCCUCGAGAUCUAUCCCGAGUGGCAGAACCAGGUCGUGCUGAUACAGGUCACACAGCCCGGCCAGACACGCCAGCCGCGCCUCGAGAACAAGAUAUCGAGCUGCAGCUACGGCUCGCUCGAGUUUAUGCCUGUCCUCUACCACCAGUCGUUCUUGGACACUGACGAGUACAUGGCUCUCCUGAACAUCGCCGAUCUGUGCCUGAUCACGGCCAUCCGCGACGGCAUGAACACGGGCUCUCUCGAGUACGUCGUGUUUUACGGCACUGCCGGGUCGGUCAGCGGCGCCAUCCAGAUCAACCCGUGGGACUAUGAGGGCGUUGCACAGGCCAUAAAUACUGCGCUGUGCAUGAGCUCCGACGAGAAGAAGGUGCGCUUUAACCAGAUGUACAAGCACGUUGUUAGCCAUGAUGCGCAGUACUGGGCAAGCACUGUCAUCGAGGACCUGCGCGCCACAGUGCUUGUCGGACAGAGCAACUCAGUGACGCCGUCGCUGGAUGCUGACUACUUUGCCAAGAGCUUUGCCAGCUCCAAGAAGCGCUUGAUCAUGCUCGACUACGACGGAACUCUGACGCCGAUCACCAACAACCCUGAAGAGGCACUACCCCCGCCAGCGAUGCUCAAGGCUCUGAGAAAGCUGUGCGCCGACCCACGCAACUUUGUGUGUAUCAUCUCUGGGCGCGACAGAGAAUUCCUUGACCUGCAUCUGAGCGACAUCAAGGGUAUUUCCUUGAGCAGCGAGCACGGCUCGUUUAUUCGUUACCCCGAUGGCGAUUGGAUCAACAUCCUGGACGAGGUUGAUAUGAGCUGGAAAGACGAGGUCCUGGCGAUUUUCCAGUUCUAUACCGAGCGCACUGCCGGCUCAAUGUACGGAGAGUUCCAGUCUAAGGAGUGCAUGAAUCACUUGGAAAACUCUGUCGUUUCCAAGCGCCCCGUCGAAAUCCUGGUCGGCAAGAAGUGCCUCGAGGUGCGGCCCAUGUCGGUAAACAAGGGCGAGAUUGUCAAGCGCCUGAUGGGUGCUCAUCCGGAACAGUGGGACUUUGUUGCGUGCGCGGGUGAUGACAAGACGGACGAAGAUAUGUUCCGCGCAGUGCGCUCAAUGAAGCGCAGCAUCAAUGAUGGGGGCGCUGAGGAUGUAGAUGGGAAGCCGCCGCAUUAUUUCACUAUUACUAAGACUGCGGCCGCGUGGCAUCUUACCAGCCCGCAGAGGGUUAUCACUGCCCUGGAGCGCCUGGCUGAGACUGAGUAAAUUUUGUUAGCACUUAGUGCAUGAGUUGCAAUUUUAGCUGGUUUUUUUGUUUUCCUUUUGAUUAUUUAUUUAUUAUACAUCAUUAUUCAGUAUUUGCCAA